CGAAAACCCGAAAGGAGCAGACAGUCCCAAUGUCCUCACCAUCGCUUUAAGUGUCAGUGUCGUCAUGGCCUUUUUCAUCAUCGGGUUUCUGGUCUGCGUGCUGGUUUACCGAAAUCAUGGAAAUGGGGGACUAGCGCUGGAAACGUCACACACCGCUCCCACCAAUCCCACAUCAUCCCCCUUCAAUGGGGCAACUCAGAAUGGACCAGCUUGGGAUCCGGACCACCUUAACUUUCCUCUUUCGCCUCCUCAGGAUCCUCCACCUCACUACUAUCAUGACUACGAGACCAUCUCCGAUCCGAUAGAAAACGUGGCAUAUGGGGGCAGUGAUCGGGGCAGCUACAUUUAUGCAGAACCGGGAGAAUCUGUCUUAAUGACUAAUGGUGAACGUGAAAAUGAUAAACUACACAAGGGUUACUCCACCACCAUUUUCAAGCACGUCUCAUCUGCCGGGAAUCGGGAUUCGGCAGAUGUCCAAUCCGAAGACGCUCCAAAGCCAGACGGCAUUGAAAUGAAUGGCUCAGCAUCUCAACCUGAUUUUCAUAUCAGAGAUCAGCAUACUUCGGAGUUCAACACACUUCACGCCUGAAACGAUGGUCCCGUUGCAUAAAAGUUAUUAGGGCAUUUUAGCUAUCAGUUCGCAAACGUUUUUUUAUGGCGCUGAUAUUUUGUCAAAAGCCCUUCAUAGCAAAGCCUUUGUCGGAAAUCGGUGAAUCAAAACAGCAGGAUCGCCUUAAACUCUAGACAAACGGCAUGUACGGUCCGAAUCUUCUUUCUUCAUCCAGUCCGAAGGCGAUGUGCUGUCGCGGUCAACCAAAACUCGAUAGUUACAUGUACCUCUAAUCUGUCCGAUGUGAAUUCACAAUACUUUUCUCAUUUACAAAGCGGAAACUCUCCAAAACGCACUAAUUUGUUUGAAAAUGCAAGUCCAGUCACAAUAGAGAGCUCAGAGGCUUUUGUGGAAAGUUGGUGGACCGGGACA